AAAAAAAAAAAAAAAUGGCAGAAAACUUUGAGACAGAAGAUUUAAAUUAUUAUAUUGAUUGGUUAGAUAAUUCAAUCACUGAAGAACAUAUCAAAUAUUAUGAGUAUUCAGACUUUACAAAUAUUCAACAAAUAGGAAAAGGUUCAUAUGGAAAUGUUAUUCGUGUUAAUUGGAAAAAUUCAAACCGUCUUUUUGCUAUAAAGUCUUUUAAUAAUGAUAAACAAACUCUUAAAGAAGUUGUAAAAGAGUUAAAAUUGCAUCGAAGUGUUGAUGAUCACGGAAACAUUGUAAGAUUAUAUGGAAUUACGAAGAUUGAAGACACAAUUCAUCAAAUGAAUAAGUACUCUUUAAUCUUAGAAUAUGCCAAUAAUGGUACAUUAAGUACUUAUUUAAAUGAACAUUUUAAUAAGCUUGAUUGGAAUGAAAAAUGUCUUUUAGCACUGCAACUGGCAAGUGCUGUAGAAUUCUUACACGAGAAAGAUAUUAUUCACCGCGAUUUGCAUCAAAACAAUAUACUCGUACAUGAGAAAAAUAUCAAAUUGGCAGAUUUUGGAUUAUCAAAAAAAAUUGCUGAAGCAUCAAGUGAUGCAUCAAAAAUUUUUGGUGUAAUACCUUAUAUAGACCCGGAAAGUUUCAAUAAUCAAAGACAGAAUUAUAAAUUAAAUAAGAAAUCUGAUGUAUAUAGUGUUGGAGUUUUACUAUGGCAAAUUUCAAGUGGAGAUGAACCAUUUAAGACUAAAGGUUUUGAUUAUGACGCAUACUUAGUAUUAAAAAUAUUAAAUGGCGAAAGAGAAGAAAUGAUUGAUGGAACUCCUGUUGAAUAUAAUAAGUUAUAUACAGAAUGUUGGAAAUAUGAAUCAAAUGAACGUCCAAAUAUGCAAGAAGUUGUUACAGUUCUUGAAGCAAUUAUUUCAUCUGAACAAAAUGAUGUAAUUAUUUAUGAUUUUAAUGAAAAGAAAGAAUUAAAGGAAUACCAAUCGAACUCAAGCUCAAGCAAGGGAACUAUAGAUAUCAAUGAUGAUUUAAUAAAUGAUAUCACAUCUUUAAAUAUUGUUAGUGGAAUAAUAAAGCAAUCUGAAAAUGUUUCUUCAAGUGUAUCAAGUCAGGCGAUGAAACCAUCAUUAGAUGAUAUAAGUGUUUAUAAUAAUGAUUUAAUAAAUGAUAUCAUAUCUUUAAAUGUUGUAAGUGGAAUAAUAAUGGAAUCCAAAAAUUGUAUGCCAAAUGUGUCAAAUCAGGUAACGGAACCAUCAGUAGAUGAUACAUGUGUUUAUAAAAAUCAAUUACUUCUCAAACUAGAAAAUGAGGGAUUUACUGCGCCGGAUGACAAAGCAGAAGAACUUAUAAAAAAUCUGACUAAUCCGAAAUAUUUGUACGCACUUAAAUUACUUAUUGAAAAUUUGCGGAAUAACUUUUCGUCUCAAAUAUUAAUAAAUUCAUUGAAAUCCUUAUCUAAUCCCGACUUAUUUGAUUAUUAUUCAAAAGAUUACAUGGCAAGAUUAGAAUUACAUUUACGAACCUGGGUAGCAGUUUUAGAACGAAUACAAUUUUCACAACCACCAAUAAUUCUUAGUGAGGAUCUUCAAGAUAAAGUUUACAAUUCUUUAAUGAAAUUUUCAGAGAUUUAUUACAAAACAACACAGGUAGUUGAUAAUAAUCUUAAAUUAAAUUUUCGCCAAGAAAAAGAUGAAAUAUAUAAUUAUAAUAUUAACUUUUUAUUAAUUUACUUGAGAGAUACACUUAAUAGUCUGCGUGAGAAUGAAACUUGGUUUCAAGAACUAUUAAAAAAAAUUAGAGAAUUAUUAAAGACUAUUUUAAAUAUUAUACCAUCAUCAAAAGCUGCUAUACCAAAUAAUGAUUGUACAAUCUUAUCACUGCUUAAUCAAGCACGUCAAAGUUUAAGUUUUAAAUAUCCAGUAGCAUCAUAUUAUAUAAAUUGGAGAAUUAUGUUAAUAAUUCAAUACAAUCUAUUCAUCUGGUCUGAAGGCUCUGAAAAGAUUAUUAAUAAGAAAUUUGGAGAAUUAAUACUAAUGGAAUAUAUCUGGAGUUUCUUAGAAAUAGAGUGGAAUGAUGUUGCAGAAAAAUCUAUUUUAGAUUCUCAAACAAAAUUUGAUGAAGUGUCAAAUAAAAUCAUUAAGGAUUUGAAAAAUUCUAAAGGACUUUUAAAUGAUAUUACUGGAAAUGAACCUAUUGCAUUACCACAUACUCUGUGGUUUGGAAUAUUAGAUCUUGCACAAAAUCUUAUCCAAAGAUCAUCUCGAAUAGCUACAUAUGGUCUUUGUUAUUAUUUGGCAAUUGAAUCACUUAAUAAAGCACCAAGCAGUUUUAUUCAGUUUAAAUCUAUUGAACUAUUAUUACAUUUAUACAAUAUUGAUAAUAGAAUGUUUUCAAUGAUUGAAAUUGAUUUUGAACAAUACACACAAAAAUUAAAUGAAAAUAAUUUAACAGAUCCCAUAGAAAAAUUUCAAAAUUUAUUAACUUUUGUCAAAGAAAAAUAUCUUGAGGAUUUAAAAAUUCUAGGCAAUAAUACUGGAAAAGGAAAAGAGAGAAAAGAAAAAGGGAUAAAUCAAAAUUUAAAAAUAGAACAAAUACCAAAUUCUAACAUUUUAGAUGUUAUAGCAGAUGAAAUUACUUGUCCAAUUAGUAGUGAACCAACAGAUCAAUUAUGUAUUUUAAAAUGUCAGCAUAUAUUAUCAUUAAAUAAUUUAAAAAAGUUAAAACAAAAAAUAUGUCCUAAAUGUCGGGAAAAUUUUAAGGACAAUGAUAUCAGAAAUUUACCGCAAAAUUCUAUUUAUAAAAAUUUAUAUACAAGAUUUUUUGAAUCUGGACAUAUUUUACCUUUUAUUGAAUUAGAAAAUUCGGGUCAAACAAUAGAUAAUCAAUAUGAUAAUGAUGAUUCAGAUAAUUCAGAAGUUGAUCCUUUAUUAACUAAAAAAAAGAAAUUCAUGAAUUCAAUUAUUAAAUUAAAUUCAAAAAUAUCAUCAUCAAUACUUUCUAGAAUUACAAAAAAACAACGUCCAACAUACCAAAAUAUUAUAAAUGAAAUAAAUGAAAAGCAUUAUGAAAAAGCUGAAUUAUUAUGUAAAGAAUUUUUACAUUUUUUUCCUAAAAGUUAUUCUUUAAGAUGUAUUUUAGCUUAUAUUUAUAGAUGUCUCAACAAUUAUGAACAAGCACACUUUUACUUAGAAGAAGCUAUUAAUAUAAAUCCCAAAAAACCAGUUGCUUAUUUUAUUUGUGGAGAAAUACAUUUUAGACAAAAUAAAUAUGAUGAAGCUAUAGAUUAUCUAAAAAAAUCAUUAGAAUAUAAAGCAAAAUUAACUAAUUUAUAUACAAUACUUGGAAACAGUUACCUAUUGCGUAUUAGUUAUGUCAAUGAUUAUACAGAAGCUGCAGAAAAUUAUAAUAUUUCAUUAAAAAAUGAUCCAAACAAUUGUUUAUGCCUUAAAAAUUGUGCAUACAGUUAUGAAAAAAAAGGAUUAUAUUUAAAUUCUUUAAUGUUAUUAGACAAAUUGUUAAAUAUUAACAAGAAGGAUUCUUUGAUUUUAUGUUAUUAUGGAGAAAUUUUAUGUAAUAUGACACAAUAUAGUAAAGCUAUAUCAUAUUUUACAAAAGCAAAUAUUAUAGAUCCAGAAAACAUUCAUAAUUUGAAUAAGAGAGCUAUUGUAUAUUAUAUUCUUCAAGAAUAUGAUAAAGUUUUAUCAGAUCUUGAUAUAAUUAUACAAUUAGAUCCAAAAAGUAGUUCAGCAUAUUAUCUCAAGAGUCUAACAUAUUAUACAAAAAAAGAUAUUGACAAUGCUACAAUAGUUUUUAAUAAGUAUACAGAAUUAUCAAAUUUACUGAAUUCUGAUAAUAUUUUAGAAAAAAUUCAAUUAUUUUAUUUAGAAUGCUUAUUAAAUGAAGAUAGUUCUUAUGAUUUGAUUAAUAUGUUAACAAAAAUCAAUCAGAUUCCUCAUAUUUAUGAAAGUAAAUCACUACUUUUUAUUAGAUGUAAAAUAUAUAUUGAAUUAAAAGAGUAUUAUGAAGCAAAAGUAGAUUUGGAUAUGUUAUUUGAAUUAACUGCUGAUGGCUAUCAUAAGUGUUUUUCAUACAUUCAUUCAUUACAAAAGUAUUCAGAUUUUUGGUCAUAUUUAUGUAAAAAUAACAAAAAUGAUUUUGUAACAAUUAAUGAAUUGAGUAAAUACAUGUAUAAAGAAAAAAAAGUAUAUUUUAUUUCAAAUCUUAUAAAUAGUAAUGAAUUUUAUCAAGAGAGUGAUAGCAGUUUAUCAGGACUGGUAUUGUGUUCUAAAAAUAAUAAACUUUAUUUAGAUUUGCCUACACUAAAAUGUGAUGAUUUUUAUUAUCUUAUUUGCAAAAUGAAUGUUAAAAAAAUAAUAUCUGAAGAUUGCUAUAUAAAAUUUAUAGUUAAGCCUGAUAAUAGGCAAAAAGAGCAUAUGUUAAAGUAUAAAGAUGUGUCAAAACUUGAGGGAUUAGGUUGGAUUGAAUAUGAGCUUUUUUGGGGACUUGUUAACUUUCAACUUUCAAUUGAAGUAUAUUCUGUUGAUAUGCAAAUAGAUUAUGUUCGACUCGGACAUAAUGCAAACACAAUAACUUGCAUUCCCAACAUGAGUAUGAUGGGUUAUUUGUUACCGGAUUAUCCCCAAUUUUUAUCAAAUGUUCCAGAAACUUUCAAAGACAAGUAUUUUUUAAGAAAAGAAAUGGAAAAUUUACUUGAUUUAAAAGAUAUCCUUAGCAUCUUAUAAUUAUUUACUUUUCUUAUUAUUAUCAUUUUGUUUUAUUCAACAU